UUCAGCCUUCAGACAUGGACAUUCCCUGCUGAUUAAAUCUUAAGUCUAACUGGAGCAGUGAAGAAACACAUUACACAAAGAGCUCUGUGGCCAGAUUUAUGACAAACAAAUAUAAAGAAAUAAGUUCUGUUUAAUAUCUAUAGAUAUCUCAACAUCAAAUAAGCCAAAUGGGUGAAGAAAACGUGAGAAAAAGAAAGGGAGAGACUAACAGGGAAAGAGAUGAACAAUCCAUCCAAAGUAAAGAGUCCAAAACUAUGAAUCUUCAGAAAGAGGUGGGCCUGAUCAGUGGGAUCUGUGUUAUUGUUGGUACAGUUAUUGGCUCAGGCAUCUUUAUUUCUCCAAAGUCGGUACUUGCCAAUGUUGGAGCUGUGGGGCCUUGUUUAGUCAUCUGGGCAGCCUGCGGAAUUCUUUCUACAUUAGGUGCACUAUGUUAUGCUGAGCUAGGCACAAUGAUUGCAAAAUCAGGGGGAGAAUAUCCUUACCUUAUGGAAGCAUUUGGUCCUAUUCCAGCAUAUUUGUUUUCCUGGACUAGUUUAUUGGUCAUCAAACCCAGUUCAUUUGCUAUCAUUUGUCUCAGCUUCGCAGAAUAUGCUUCAGCUCCUUUUUAUCCGGGCUGUGAUCCACCCGUAGUAGUCAUUAAGUGUCUUGCAGCAGCUGCCAUUGUGAUUAUUACCACAGUGAAUUCACUGAGUGUGAAGUUGGGGAGCUAUGUUCAGAAUUUUUUCACUGCUGCUAAAAUGAUCAUUGUCAUAAUCAUUAUUGUAAGUGGAAUUGUUCUCCUUGCACAAGGAAAAACAGAAAAUUUUAAAAACUCUUUCAAUGAUGCUAAAAUUUCUGCUGGUUCUAUCAGUUUGGCAUUUUAUAAUGGACUCUGGGCCUAUGAUGGAUGGAAUCAACUCAAUUACAUUACAGAAGAACUUAAAAAUCCUUACAGAAAUCUACCACUUUCUAUAAUCAUUGGAAUCCCAUUGGUUUCAGUUUGCUAUGUUCUGAUUAAUAUUUCAUAUUUCACAAUAAUGACUUCAACAGAACUUCUGCAAUCCCAGGCGGUCGCUGUGACAUUUGGUGAUCGGGUCCUUUAUCCAGCUUCUUGGAUAGUUCCUCUCUUUGUGGCAUUUUCUACAAUUGGAGCAGCCAAUGGGACCUGUUUUACUGCUGGAAGACUUGUUUAUGUAGCAGGUCGUGAAGGGCACAUGCUAAAGGUGCUGUCUUACAUUAGUGUUAAACGUUUCACCCCAGCACCUGCUAUCAUAUUUUAUGGUGCCAUUGCUAUUAUUUAUAUCAUCCCUGGAGACAUUAAUACACUCAUAAACUACUUUAGUUUUGCCGUCUGGAUAUUUUAUGGUUUGACUGUAUUUGCACUCAUAGUUAUGAGAUUUACAAGAAAAGAGCUCAAAAGACCAAUCAAGAUACCUAUCGUCAUUCCCAUCUUAGUGACAAUAGUCUCCAUUUUACUAGUUUUGGCACCAAUCAUCAGUGAACCUGAAUGGGCAUAUCUCUACUGUGUUUUAUUUAUGCUUGGAGGACUUAUAUUUUAUGUCCUUUUCAUUCAUUUUAAAUUCAACUGGGCUCAAAAAAUAUCAAGGCCCAUCACCAUGUACCUUCAGAUGCUUCUAGAAGUUGUUCCACCAGAGAAAGUUCCUGAAUAAAAAGAUUUGAUUUCCAGUA